AAACGUUUUCGAGGAUUUAAAAAUCAGGUGUUACUAUUUUACUUUAGACAACCAAUAAUUUACAUACAUUGAGUUAUAGUGUGAUGUGACUUAUGAAUAGAGUUGUUAUAUUCAUCAAAUAUAAUAGUAAUUUUUUUUAUUGCAAAAAUGAAAGCGAUUAGUCUCAUAUUACUACAUUUAUUGGUUUGCCAGUGUUCCGGGGUGAUUUAUAAACUAAAUGAUUCGGACUUCUCUCGAAUGCCGCCGGUGUUUCAUCUCGACGAUUACGACCACUGUAUCACGAAUCCCGAUGGACUAUACUGUUCAGUUGAUAUCGACGUGGUGUCAGACACUGGGAGUGAGCUAUAUAGCAUGAUGAAAACUUAUUCGGAUUAUAAUAGGAAACAUUUCAACCACACCUCACUCCACUAUGGCAUCUGUGUUACGCAUACAUGCAAGAAAUUCUUACCAAUUAACGCAAUGAGCAAAACUUUGAAUAACACAGGUGAUCUAAGUAACACAGAUCUGCAACUAGUUCUUGAAACAUGCCUCAAUGAGUCCCUAUGGAAUCACUAUGAAUUGAAAACUAAAAUAGCAGCACCUAUAUACUGUAAUAAUAUAGAAGAACAGGUAAAAGAUGGUGGACACUUAGCUGUGGGUGUUUUCUUGCUAGUUUUACUAACAAUGAAUGUGAUUGGAACUCUCUACGAUGCCGUUUUUGUUAGAGGACAGAAUAGAGCAGGUAACAACCUGUUAUUAUGUUUUUCUGUGCCGCAUAAUUUCUCGAGACUAAUCAACCCGUAUGCGAAACUCGGGCCGCGAGAAGAGCGAUUAAAAGUCUUCCAUGGGUUAAGAACGCUAACAAUAAUGUCAGUGAUAUUUUGCCACUCUCUCCUACCAUUCGCACUUGCACCGGAGAACGUGCAUUACGUUGAAUCGCUUUACGACAAUAUAAUGCACUUCAUAUUUUUAAAUGGCACCGUUGUUGUGCAAACAUUCUUUAUCAUCUCGGGAUGCCUGCUGGCUUACAAGUUGGAAUUGUAUGCGGAAAACCACGAAAUCAAUUGGACUCUCCUACCGAAAAUACUUAUUAACACUUGGGUAAAACUGACUCCAUCUUAUAUGGUGGUACUGGCAGUGACAGCUACGUGGCUAGGAUAUGCAGGUUCUGGACCAUUUUGGAAGAUAGCAGUAAUGAGAGAAGUUGACGACUGCCGCAUUGACGGAUGGGCGAAUAUGUUGUAUAUCAACAAUUACUUUGACCAUACGCAGUGCAUGGUACAAACUUGGUAUCUCGCAUCUAAUAUGCAACUCUACAUCCUUGGAUACGUCACAUGUAUAUUAAUAAAACGCGGUAGAUGUCGAAAGGCUGCGCUAAUACUUCUAUUUAUAGUUGGUAUUAUCACACCAAUCGCACACACUUAUUUCCAAAAUUUGGAUGCUGUACUUAUGAUAACUCCAGAAACAGCGAGAUCAUUUAUGGACAACCCAACAUUCAACCAUGUCUACAAAAGAGGUCAUACGAAUAUAUUUAAUUUUGUAUUGGGAAUAGCCUUAGGGUUUCUUAUCUAUCGAUUACAGACAAAUGAAGUUAACAUGCAGAAAUAUAAGAAAUAUCGUUAUCUAUUCCUGCUGACUUUUCCUGCUAUCGCCGGAUCAAUGUUUAUCGGAAGUGUCUUCUAUUUGGAUGGCACUUCUACGAGUAUUUAUACUAAGGCUAUUUACGCAGGUCUGAUCAAACCGUUAUUUGGAAUCAUAUUAGCAAUUCUGAUUAUUGGAUGCGUUUUUAAAAUUGAAAAUGUAUACCGAACCAUAUUGGAAUGGAAUGGAUGGAAGAUUCCAGGGAAAUUGUCGUAUUGUGCCUUCUUGCUACAUAUUGCUUUGGUUCGAAUCGCCACUGGGAGUCUUAGGACCCUGGUCCCAUUGACUAACCUACGGAUGAUAGAAAUCACAAUCGCAUUUAUAGUGAUGUCUUAUCUGGUAGCGAUACCUUUUUGGCUGUUAGUAGAUGCACCUAUGACGGAGUUUCUACAAAAGCUUCUGACCGGAAGCCUGUGUCAAAGAACAGAAGAAACAAAAGAAGUCCCUGACAAUAAUAUAGCCUUAAUGAAUAAUUUGAAAAUGAUUGAUACUGAGAAAGGCAAUUCAAGGUUGUAAUAAUAAUAAAUAUAUUUAAGAUAAAAAAAACAAAAUUUAAUUUUUAAAAUGUAUUAUAUUUAUAUCCUUAUAUUCAUAACAAGUCUUAUAAAGGUAUUGUCUGUACAGACAAACAAAUUUGUUUCCAAAACUUCUGUGUUUGUGUCUACCAGUAACGGAGAUUUGGGCUUGUUUAUUCAAAAUAUUGAAGGUACUCCAAUAGCUAUAGUUUUGUAUUUUACGGAAUAAUAAUGUGCUCGUUAAAACUAAUAACUAUGUUACAAUACAAAUAGAAAUUUUAAAUAUUUCUUGAUUAUUCUAAUGGAAGAAAUGAUUUUUUGUUUAUUCAUUGGAGCAUGAUUCAGAACAUAUUUUAAAAUUAUUUUAUAAUGCAGCAAUUUCAUUGUCAAUUUAAACCAGAUU